CGCAGCACGGGAAGCACCUGUGAAAAAAAAAAAAAGCUCACAAACGGCGUCUUAUCAGUAGAUUGGCCGCGCUCGUCUUCAGAUAUGGACGCGGCAACCUCCUCAUCCUCUCAGGGCAGAUACAGUUAUGACGAGUACAAGGAGACAGCAGACUGGCUGUUGGCUCACACGGAGCAGCGUCCUAAAGUCGCCAUCAUCUGUGGUUCAGGUCUUGGUGGUCUGGCUGAGCUGCUGGUUGACAAGACUGUGUUUCCAUACAAGGAUAUCCCUCGUUUUCCUGUCAGCACUGUGCAGGGCCAUGUCGGCCAGCUGGUGUUUGGGAAGCUGCAGGGCCGUGAAUGUGUCUGCAUGCAGGGGAGAUUCCACUUCUACGAAGGCUACAGCAUACAAAUGGUGACUUACCCAGUUCGAGUCUUCUUCCUGCUGGGCGUGGAAACUCUGAUUGUGACAAACGCAGCAGGAGGACUGAACAGCAGCUACGAUGUGGGAGACAUCAUGCUCAUUAAGGAUCACAUCAACAUGCCGGGCUUUGCAGGGCAGAACCCACUGUGUGGGCACAACGAUGAGAGGUUUGGGGUGCGUUUCCCAUGCAUGUCGGAUGCAUAUGAUCGUGAGCUGAGGGCUCUGGUCAAGCAGACAGCAGAGGAGCAGGGCUGCGACAGUUUCCUGCAGGAAGGAGUUUACUGCAUGCUGGCUGGGCCGACAUAUGAGACGAUUGCAGAGUGCAAAGUCCUGCAGAUGCUGGGGGCUGAUGCUGUGGGUAUGAGCACUGUGCCAGAGGUGGUUGUGGCUCGUCACUGUGGCCUGCGUGUUCUGGGUCUGUCUCUUAUCACCAACAAGGUUGUGAUAGAUUAUGACAGCAACGAGAAGGCAAACCACGAGGAGGUGCUGAGGACCACAAAACACAGAACACAGGACCUCCAGAGGCUUGUUAGCCACCUCAUCCCAAAGAUCUAGUACCUUCAGCAUAUACCUGCACAAAAUCUAGCCUCAUAUUUCAUGUGUGAUUGGUAGAUUUGAUGAAAAGGUUAUCAGAGUGAGCACAUGGGGAGACGACAUUGCUGGUGUGAUUUAGGCUCUGCAGUAGGAAGGUAAAGAAAAAUGUUGAGGCUGUGACUAUGAUACUUGGAGGUAUCUGCUAAAGUUGUAAUGUCUGUGAUGAUACAGAUCAGCAAAGUUUUUGUAUAAUUUACUAAUCAGGAUUUUUUAUUACAGGCCAAAAAUAUGGCUGACUAAAUUUGUUCUAAAGAGGUGUAAGAGUGUUUUUAAGUGGAAAAGUGAAAACUUGGUGGCUAGCCUGUUUUAAUAGAAGGUAAGGAAUUACUUUGUUUUGUUUGGUCAGUUUUUUUUUUUUUUUUUGCUCUUAUUUCUGUGGCUUGUAAGAUAAAGGGAAAUACCAGAGCCACUUAGGAUCUUAAUACCGGCUAGUGCAACAUGUUUCUGGCUUAAAGCUCCAGGUAUGAUCCACCGACAGACAGCAGCGAGUGUCAUUGUUGCUCAUAGUGGCAACAUACAAACAGUCUGAGGCCUGUUUGACAGCUGAAAGAGUAUCGUUCAGUGCUUUUAAACAGUACGGCACACACACACACACACAUAUACAUAUAUGACUUCUUUAUUAGCAAUAAUUACAGCUUUCUACUUGUUAUUACAUAUGAGCACAAACAAGCGGUCCAUUCUUUAUGCUGGUAUGAUGGUAAAAUGGAUCUUAUUGAUGUAUAAAUCCAGGAUUUUAUCUUUUACUUGGCUUUAAAAUGAUGAUCAUGAAGAUUUCUAUGUUCCUACCAGCAACCUUUAAAUGCAGCCCACUAGUUAGAGGUAUCUGUGCAGUGUUUAUGACCACUUUCUUUACAUCAUGUUUGCCUUCAGUGACAGAAUAACAUACAACUGUAACGUUUGAAUGCAUCGUUUUCUAGCUUAAGAUGAAUUCAGAGGACACUGUGCACUUAUCCAUUGGCCUUCUCAUGUUUUAGCUGGACUUGAGGUCACAGUUCAUCACUUCUCCUGUAGCAUUUAAAGAGUUUAUAUAGAUAAUCAAUGUUGCUACUAGAAGACAAUAUAUUUUUAUGAUUAGACAGAAUUGGUGAGACUAACUGGCACAAUCUUUUCUUUAUUUUGCGAUUCUUGUCAUAAUAAAUGUAUAAGAAAUAGUUAUUUCAGUGAUAUAUAUCUAAUAAACAGAGUAUAUUUGCAUUAAGCUGGGAUGAAAUCACAGCUGCUUAUUUUUAUGAUAGAAAAAUGUAAUAGAAAUAUCUAUGUCUAUAAUUUAUUGAUUAGAAAUAAAUCAACUGUCAUCAAGUAUUAUCAAUCCUUAUGUUGUAUCAUCAAUAAAGAAUAGGCUGAAUCAGUUAAGAGUAAUCCCGUCCUAACAGAAGAUUUUCUGGUUUUAGGGCUCUUUUAAAUCAGAAGUGUUUCCCAAUGCUUGGGUGUACCACCCAGGUAUAUUUUUCUUUUAAAGAUUGGCAUAUAAUCACCAUCUGUGCAUGCAAGAGACAUCUUCCAUGAAUGCAUUCAUUGAGGUGCAGUGUCUUAUGUACAAGAAAAAAAUCUAUGCCAUUGUUUUAAUAUUUCUCUGCAGCUUCUUGGACAGGGGUUUGGCUGCAGACCACACAUCUCUGAUGGCAUCUCUGUAUUUCUCAGAAAGGAAGUGCCUUAUUUCCAGCUUUAGAUUAUUCUUUAAAUUCAACUUUAUUCAUUAGCAAAGACUGGUAGUUAAAUGUAUGAAAUAACCACAUUGCAAACAUUACAGACUAAGAAACAUUUCAUAAAUACAACAGAACAUUUUCAGAGGUCUGAUCUCGGAUUAAAUUGUGUACAAGUACAUUUUAACUAUAGUACUGUAGCUUUGUUAGCUUUCACUAAAGCUAACAUAGUUAUGCUAGCUAAAUUAUUAGCAUUACUACAUAAAACAGCAUAGCUAUGUUAGCUUUAGCUACAUGAGCUUUAGCAAACAUAGCUAAUGUAGCUACAUAGAUAAUGUAUCUCAGAGCUUACACAGCUUCUUAACUUUGGCUAUGUUAGCUACAUAGCUACAUUACCAAUAGCUAAGUUAGCUUUCGCAAUGUGGGCAUUUGCAAAAAUACAGCUAAAGCUUACUUGGCUAUGUGGAUAACGUGGAUACCUAGCUUAUGUAGCUACUUUUUCAGCUUACCUUUAUCUAUUGCAGUUGCCUAAUUAGCUUACGUAGGUCUGUUAGCUGUGUAAGCUACGGUUGCUGUGUUUGAAUGUGUUUAUGGAGAGCCAGCUUUUUUUCUCUAGCAGACUGUUUACUUGGCUUCAUUGAACAUUUUGUAAUCAGGUUUUGCAGUUCAGGAUUUUAAGUUUUAACUUUUGGUAUCCUAACCUUUGCCUUAAUCCUUACCCUAACCCCCGACGGAAGUUUAAUCAGAUUUUCUUUCCAAAGUUUCAGUGUGUAUUUCCAUUCUGAGAUAUAUGGUGUCUCAGAUGAACAGUCUGUGAGAGUGGCUGUCAGAGAUGAACAAUCUGCUGCCAGAGUGUCUUGGGCUUCUUGCUACUAAUAUUAUUCCAUACUCCUGUACUCCAGGAUGAUGGUUGUGAUACACUACCUCGUCAACAAUAAACCUUCACACACUCAGCCUACCUGCUAGAAUUAUGGACUAUCUGGUGAGCCUUUCCAAGAAGGAGUAAUGUUAUUUGAGCAUGUGACACAACAUACUGUCAAUGAAUAAUGUCAAAAGAGCAGAAACCAAAAUAUUAAAUGAACAGAGAGAGGCAGGGCAGGGUACUGCCCGAGUCAAACGUCAUUCUAUGGGAAACACUGUAUAGAAUUUUAAUUAAUCACUAUAAAAAGCACAAGAUAAUCUAUGAGAAAUACCGUCAGUGAAAGGCUUAUUUGGAUUAGCAGGCGUGAUGUAUGGAGGCUUUUCUGCAGCGGAUUGCACUUAGAUCAGUUUUAUUUGUACAACAAGAGACCACAACACUGUAAUAUCAGGGAGAGCUGUAUUACCCAGGCCUGCAGUUUUCAAUCUUCCCUGCACUGAUCUGGAACCUCCUGCCAGGUUCCUUUGACCGACUCAUUCAUUAGAGCUGGAAAGGCCAGAGAAAUCCUAGAUCAGCAGGUCCAGCUCUUAGACCAUUUAUAUCAGGCUUAUCAUCAAGAUGCUAAUGGAAGUCUUAAAGGGGAAUUACACUCCAAAUUAAACCUGCUACCAUCAAAAUGUAGGAGCCUGAAUGUUAAUGCCUACUAUUAAAAUGGAAAACUUGAGAUAUACUAAUAGAUUAGUAUUUUAGGAUUCACUUAUGUUUUCCUGUUUUUGCACAAUGUCAAAUUUUGCAUCUUUUUGUUUUUACUGACUCUGUCUGGUCAGUGAAAUCAAUAAUGCUUUAUGAAAGUCUUAUGUUUGAAUCUUAUUUGCUUCCAAGAAAA